AAAAUCGUUCUCACAUCACAUCGAUCUUACAUGUGUAAUUUAAAAUUACGGAUAUUAUAAGAGAUUUUUACACCUCAUGUCAAAAUUGACAUCUUUUUUACAUUUUUAUCAAUACACGGUUUUUUAAACUUUUUUAACUUUUACAUUUUUCAAUUUUACUUUUCAAAAAGUUUAAUAAUUACAAUUUUACCUUUUCCCUUCUUCCUUACACACGUACACACACGCCACCUCAUAACUCCUUUCUUAUUUUUAUUUUUUUGAAUUUUUCAUUUAUCUGAUUCUUCCACUCUUCAAACCGAGCUUCCCACGAUCACCAUUAUCACGCCCUAACCCAUUUCUUCUUCCCACGAUCACCUUCUCCAAGCCCUCACCCACGUUUUCCUCAACCUACAUUGUCAUCCUCCACUAUAUUUUUUCUAUAUAAAUGGCAACCACUAGAAGUGGUUCGAAAUCACCAUCUCUGGCGAAGAAACUUUCUAAAAAAUUGAAGAAGCCUCCAACUGUUACUUCCAAAGUCGAAGCUAAGAUGGGGUUAAAAAAAAUUGCUAAAAAUUUAGUGGGUGAUGUUCCAGAGACAUCGGGCACUAAGAAAAGAGCCCUUCCAGUUAAAGCUGAUGCUCAUAAGCCUAAGAGAGCAAAAAUUUCCAAGUCUGCACGCGAUGUAAGUUUCUCUUUGUUGUUUUUAAAUUUUUCUUUAGUUUUUUUCUGGUUGUUUUAUUUGUGGUGUUACAUUUGAUGAUUUAAAGUUAUCCCCAUUUUUUGUUCUAGGUUUCCUCAGAUUCUGAUUUUGAGGAUGAAGUGCAUGCUGAGGACCAAAAGCCUAAAGUUGAAUCGAAUGUAAUUUAAAUUUGCUUGGUUUCAUUUUAUUGUGUUAAUUUUUACAUGAGCUUUUUAGGUCACUGGUUUAGGUGUUUAUUAGGAUGUUUUUAUGUUUUUUUGGUGUUCUUUAUGUAUUUCUGUCAUGUAUUGUGGUUGAUGUUGUUUUGUUGUUUUUAUUCAGUUGUUGUUUGGUUGUUGAAAAAUUGCCCAGUUCAAUUCGUAUUUUGUUACAGUUUUGAAUUGCUUUUCCCCAUUGGUUGUUUAUAUGUUUAUUGUGAAUUUGUUUUCGGUUGUUUUACACACUAUUAGUAUUGAGAAGCAUUUUUCUAAUUUCAAUUGCAACAAGAUCUUUCAGUGUUGUUUAUUCUUUAGUUUUGUAUAUGUUUAUUGUGAGUUUUUCUCGGUUGUUUGUCACACUACUAUUAUCGACUACCAUUUUCAAAAUUUCAUAACAACGAGCUUGUACAGUGUUGUUAAUAUUUUAGUUAUUUUUUUUAUAAGUUGUGACAGUGUUGUUACUGUAUUUUUUUGAAAGUUGUUUAUCUCUUACAUUUAUCAUACUGUAAGGGUUUCAUAAACGUUGUUUUUAGGUUUUUUAUUGGUUGUAUUUUGGUUACUACAUUUUUAUAUAUUCAUUGUUAUUGUAUCUAAGAUUUGUUGCUUAUGUUUUACUUUGUAUUUCUUUUUUUUUGCAGGCCCAUGCUAGGACCUCAGUGAAGGUUGAAGGAUUUGACCUACCAAAGAAAAAUCCCCCUAAGGUGUCCUUUUUUAAAAAAAAAAAAUUAUUUUUAUUAUUUGUUUUCUGUUUUUGUUUUAGUUUUUUUUGUUUUUGUCCUGAUUUAUUUUGUUUCAAUUGAUACAGGAAUGGGAUUAUAUUUAUGACCAGAAGAAUUUAUUCAUUGCGAAAGCCUUUUCCACUGCUACUUUCCAGGUGAUAGAGAACAUUAAGUCUUGUCUUUCAGAUGUACAGCUUGAAAUGUUUUCCAAAACCUGUUUUGGUCAUUUCCUUAACCUUCCUGAUUUUAAAGUUCAACCCCAAGUGUUUCAUGGGUUGUUGCUCCGGGAGGUUCAGCAACCUAAUGAUGCUGAGUUGUGGGUAAUGAUACGCGGUGUUAGGCUUAGGUUUAGCAUUGAGGAGUUUGCAUUGAUUACUGGGUUAGACUGUGAAGGUGACUGUAGUGUUUUAGAUUUUAAGCAAGACGUUAACAGUCUUUGUGAAAAAUAUUGGCCAACUUCGUCCUCUAUCACUAAGGAAUCUGUUAGGGAAUGUUUUACCACCAAGAGGUGGGGUGAUUCUGAUGAGGAUGCUGUGAAGUUGGCAGUUUUGUAUUUUUGGAGUGGUUCUUGCUUAGUGGCACUAAGCAUAAAAAUGUACCCAAGUCUAUUUUAGAUGUUGUAGAUAGUGGGAGGUACAAUGAGUUUGCUUGGGGCCGGAGUUCUUUUGAAUUGACUAUUUCCUCAUUGAAGGGUAAGCUUGAUAGUUGGGUUGAGGGUGUUAGGAAGGCAAGGAGUUCGGGAAAGAGGCCGAGUGUUUUUUACACUUUGAUUGGUUGUCCUCAUGUUCUUCAAAUUUGGUUCUACGAGUGUUGUAAGUACAUGAAAGGUAAGUACUGCCAAAAGGAAAACUCUCGUAUUCCAAGGAUCACUCAGUGGACAUGCAAUAGUCAGCCUACUUUCAAAGUUUUGAAGACUACUAUUUUUGAUGUUUCCAAAGAUAAGCUGCAACUUUCAAAUAUGAGGCCCACGGCUGGUGAGUUCAAAGCUUUGAAACUGAGCAGUUUCAAGUUUGACACUGACUACAACUCUUACAAGAGUCUUCCUGUUCCCGAAGAGCCAACUGUUGCUCAGAGUGACAUUUCUGUCAAGCUUGAUGCUUUUUCUGAGAAAUUUCAUGGGUUGGAGGUCAAGAUCGAUUUGUUGCAUACUUCCCAACAGAAGAUUUCAUCUGAUUUGGUUGAGUUGAAAGAGUUUGUGUCUGCACAGUUUGUUUCUUUUGGUGCUCAGAUGGCUUCAAUGCAGACACAGUUUUCUACUGUUUUUGCCGAUUCCUAUGCCAAGGACAAAGGCAGUGACUCUUCCAAUGAUGAUGAUGGAAGUGGUGAUGAAGCAGAUUUUGAUUUAAAUGAAUCUGAAGAAACUGAUGACAAUGAAGAAGAGAAUGUUAUGGGUGAUGAAGAAGGUGAGGGUAGUGAAGGUGAAGAGAAGGAUGGUCAAGCUGAUGAAGAUUCUGACUCAAAAGAAAAAAAUGAUAAGGGCAGUGAUGAUGAAUCCACUGAUAGUGAGGAGAAGGUAGAUAAGUAGACAAUGUAACUAGGUUUUAGUUACUUUGUGUGGUUUAUUUUGUUGUAAGUCCGUUUUAGGUAGUGGUCUUGUAAUUCUAUGUUCUUGUUAUGUCUCUUGUUAUGUUUUAUUUUUAUUAUUUUUUUAAGAAAUUUGCAACUAUUUUUCAGACUAUUUAUUUGUAUUUAUUAUGUUAUUUAUAUGGCUGUGUUUAUAGAUUAUGUUGUUCGCAAUUUAUUGUUGGUCUUCUUAUUUUACUUGUUGUUUUUAUUUUGUUUUUAAGUUGUUAUGUAGUUUUUUUUUAGUUGUUGAAGUCUUUCACAAAAAAUAACUUCACUUUUUUUUCCAUUUUCUUUUUCCUUUAUUUUCUGUAUCAAGAAUUUCGUUGAUUUCAAUGACGGGCCUACUCAAAUAGAUGUUGAGGCUACUGUUCAGUCCGGUGUAAAAGCAGUUGAGAUUAUGGUAAUGUUGCUUUUGUGUUGUUUUUUGGUUGUGUAAAGGUUGUUAUUUUUUAACCAUGCUCUAAUUACUUUUUAAUACCAUAUAUAAACAGAUGUCUUCAGAUGGAAUUGGUGGUGAUCCUUGUAAGCAGAUUUCAGUUUCUGAAAAUGUUGAGGUUAUGGAUCGUCGUCUUGUUUGUUUUGAGGUAUAUUUUUUUUUUUGGUUAUUUUUUAGUUUCUUCAUACUUUUUGUGUUUAACACUGUCUUUUUUCUUUCAUUUUUGUGGAAAAAAUAUAUUAGAUGGGUGCAACAGGUCUCAAUGUUGAUUCUAACAUUGAACUUGAAGAUGACCCAAUUCCCGUUGAAGAAACUCCUCUUGUUGACAAGAGGAAAUCUAAGAAACCCAUAGCGCUGACGUCUCCGUUUAUGGAGUAUGACUCUUCCAUUUCUAGUUCUAAAGAUGGUUCUGGUUAUGGAGUUGUUAAGUAUGUGGCUGGGUUGUGUCCUCUCGAUGAUAAGAUUGGUGAAGAUGUAGAACAUAAAGACGAGAAUGAUUUUGACUUGUGGCUUGGUGAAGGACGCCGAUCGAAGAAAGAUCCGUAAGUGUUUAUUUUCAGCAUUUUUGUUGUGUUUUUGUAUUUUUUGUUUUUUACUUUACUAUUUAUGUUUCAAUUUUUUUUUUUUUAAAAUGUUAGGCAUGACAAGGACAAGGUUUACUUGAAGGGUAAGGAUAAGAUUGUUCCCCCUUUUCGUUUUGGCGUGGAAGAUGUUGCAACCAAGAUGUGGUUCCACAAGCUUGCAUAUCCUGGCCAAUGUUAAACUAAUUCUGUAAGUUAAUUUAUUUUUUUUUUUUUGAUUUUUUUCAAAAAUUUCAGUCUGUAGUUUUCUUCAUGUUCUUUGUUGGUUGUUUUUUAGUUGUUGAAAUAUAAUUCAUUUUCUGAUUUUCGAACAUUUCUCAUUUUUUAUUGUUUAGCAUCUGGACAUCAUUUUUUACUAUCUACGUAAAAAAGGAAAGUAUGCAAAGGAGCCAAAGGUUAAGUUCACAACCAUCGAUUGCUUAUUCUUCAAAACCAUUCAUGCUUUGUAUGAAAAAUUUAUUGCACAGAAAAAAAAUCUUUCUUUGAUAACUGCCCAGCAUGCCAUUGCUGAUUAUAUCAGAGGUAGAAAAAUGUUAUGUGGUUCCCCUUGGCAUUUGUGCGAUCAUGUUUUGUUUAUCAUCCAUAUGGAGACUGAAUCACAUUGGAUUCUUGGUCGAUUGAAUAUUGAGGAAAGGCGUAUGUACAUGUACAACUCCUUGUCGACUGCUAUGAAAGAUAGUGCUGCUAUCAAAGCUUGUCAGCCAUUUGCGGUGUUGUUGCCCCACUUUUUUGCUUUGUUUGAUGAGUUCAAAAAGGAAAAUAAACCGGUUUGUUUAGACCCUUUCGAAGUUGUUAAGGUUGAUGGUUUGCCUCAACAAACCUCAAAGUAAGUUGUUUUUAUUUUUUAUUUUCAAAUGUUUUUAAAAUUUUGUAUGUUAUUUUACUUUUUUAAGUUUUUCUGCUGUUGUUUUUUGGUUGUUUUGCAGUGACUGUGGUUGUUUCGUUGCAUCGUUUGCCGAAUACUUCAUUGAUAUGAAACUGAUUCCUCCCAUAUUUGAUGUUGAGAAACACCGUGAUAGGCUUGCUGUGUUGUUCUAUAAGUAUGCUCUCAUGAAAGAAUUGGAUUUUAUUGAUAGUGAAGAUGAGGCUCCUCCAAAGGGUCCAAAGAAGAAUUUGUCUUAGUUAUCUAUUGGUUGUUGUUGGAAAUACUACUUUUUUUAUUUAGCUUUUGUUUUUUCUAUUACCAGAUUAUGUUCAUAAUCAUAGACAAGUUGUUGUUUCUAUCAUGUUUUUUUCUUUAUUGGAAUUGGUUUUUUAUUUGUUCAUAUUUUUGGAUUUUUAAUUUUUAUAUUUACUUUAACUCAUGACAGCAUACUAUUAACAACCUUAUUACAACCAUCUGACAAACAACUAAAUUGCAUUUUAAUCACUUUAUGUAGUUUUUUUUCCUUCUUAUUAAUUUCAACCUUCUUCCACUCAUUUAAUUAUUUAACUAUAAUAUUUGAUGUUCUUUUGUAUAUUAAUGAUAAUAAUACCAAUUCCCUAUUAUCAAUAUCUCUCCACAUAAAAAAUCACAAUAAAAAAAUAUAUGUAACAACCAAUCGUAAUAUGCAGUAUGUGUUUUCUAAAUGUUUUAAUAUAGUUGUUUUUUGGUUGAUGUGUAGUUGUUUCCACUUCUAUGCUGUAUUUCUCCUGCAGGUCUUUUUGUUAUGUCCCUUUUGUCCACACUUGCCACACUUGUUUUGUUUCUUUGUUUCCCAAGCUGCUGCCAUUCUUCUUUUCCUCGGCCUUCCAGACUUGAUUCUCUCCUUUGGAGGCAACACUAUGAUGUCUUCAAAAAAUUCUGGAA